AUGGAAUUUACAACAAAUGCGAUGGCGAUAACGAUGACGAUAAGGAAGAAGACGACGACGAUGAUGGGGCGACCAACAUUUAACCUCGAAGGCGAUAAGAAUCAGCGGAACUGGUCGCUGGUGUGGUCCACCGCAAUUGUCUCGUCUCGGUUUAUUUGCUUUGCGAAUUGCAGCAGCCAUUGCAGGCACGUGUACCGCGUUGCUGUUCAUUCUUUUUAA